AUGAAGACCAUAACCUCAGCGGUCCUCGCCUGCCUGGCAGCUACCGUAUCAGCACAGGUACAGGGCACCGGAGCCACGACGCGGUACUGGGACUGCUGUAAGCCAUCGUGCGGAUGGCCCGGUAAAGCGAACCUCGUUUCUGGACCGCUGAGGACCUGCGACAAGGCGGACAACCCGCUGAACGAUGGAGGCAACACCAAAUCCGGAUGUGACAAUGGCGGAGGAGCUUUCAUGUGCUCGUCGCAGGAGCCAGUCGCUGUGAACGACUCAUUGGCUUAUGGUUUCGCGGCCGUCCGUAUCUCUGGUCAACGCGAGUCUGACUGGUGUUGCGCCUGUUACGAACUGACUUUCACCAGUGGGCCAGUGGCAGGGCAAAGGAUGAUAGAUGCUGAUACCAGUCUUCUCAGAAAUACGGGCGGUGAUCUCGGACAGAACCAUUUUGACAUUGCGAUUCCCGGCGGCGGUGUUGGUAUAUUCAACGCAUGCACGGCCCAGUACGGUGCGCCGGCCAACGGAUGGGGGGAGCGAUAUGGCGGGGUCCGGUCUAGAUCCGAGUGCGAAGCAUUUCCGGAGAAGCUCAAGAAAGGUUGUUACUGGCGAUUCGACUGGUUCAAGGGGGCCGACAACCCAAGCGUGUCAUUCAAGCAGGUCACUUGUCCGUCCGAGCUCACCUCCAAAAGCGGAUGCGUGCGAGCAUGA